AGGACCUAUGUUUGAGUAUGAACCACCUCCGAGGAUCGAUUUUGACAAUUCAACAGGAGCUGUUCUACGAUGCGCUGCUAAAGGGCAGCCAACACCAGAUACUUGGUGGGAGACCAAAAAUGGAUCUGCGGUGAGAGGAAUACCUGGGCUGCAACAGUUGCGUUCUGAUGGAUCUAUGGUAUUCUCUCCAUUCUCCCCGCUACAGUACAGAAGAGAGGUUCAUGAUGCUGUUUACAGAUGUGUUGCGGCUAAUGUUGCUGGAAAAUUAGGAAGCAGAGAAGUUCGUGUUAGAGCUGUGCUGCAGGAUUACAAGGUGACUGUUUACGAUGCUGAGUUUAUUUUCAAAGGCAACGUGGCUUUACUUCGCUGCGAGAUAUCUGGAAAUGGGAAAGAGUACGUCUUUGUAACGUCAUGGCAAAGAGACGAUGGUUUUACCAUUUCAUUAAACGACAAUAAUGGCAAAUAUGCUGUCUUCCCAACUGGCGAAUUUCACAUUCGUAAUGUGGACGAAAGUGAUACCAGUCGAAAAUAUAAGUGCCAGGUGCAUAAUAAACUGAGACGAGAAACUAAAGAAAGUGAACAGUGGGCAAGGAUCAUCAUGACAGAGCCCCAUGCACACGUCCAACCUAGAAUAGUACAUUGGCGAAGAGAGGUGCAAGGAUAUAACGGUGAAACAAUUUUACUUCCAUGCGUGGCUCAUGGCUAUCCUGUACCCACAGUUCGCUGGUACAGACAAGAUUCAAACUUAAUGACAACAUUCGCAGCAAAUCGUAGAUUUAGUGAGCAAGAAGGCUUACUUAUGAUACACAGAGCAACACUUCAAGAUAGUGGAAAAUACAUCUGUGUAGUUAAUAACAGCAAAGGACAAGAACAGAUCCACACAGUUUUAACUGUGAGAGAAACUCUCCGAGCUACGGUCAGCCCUUCGCAGACCUUGGUAACUGUUGGAACAUCGCUUUCACUUCGCUGCGAAGUAACAGGCUCUCCCAUUUUAUACCUUAAGUGGAAGAAAAAUUUAAAAGCAUUAAUUUUGGAUAACAGAAUUCGACAGCAAAGCAAUAAUGUAUUGGAAAUAGCAAAUAUGAGAUUAGGAGAUGAAGGAAUAUAUCAGUGUUUCAUAUAUAAUAGUGAAGAGUCAGCCCAAGGUAGUUCAACUGUCCUUAUACAAGCCGAUCCACCAGUGAUUACAUCCCGCUUUGAAGAACAAACAGUAAAUCCUGGCCAUCCUGUUUCAUUUCGAUGCAUUGCAAAAGGACAUCCACUUCCUAAAAUUACAUGGACAGCAGACAGUGAGAGUAUUCCCUCUUCUCCUCGUCUGAGACUUGGAGAUUUUGUUACGCAGGAUGGAAGUGUAGUGCACAGUUUUCUUAACAUAAGUUCUGUAGAAGUGGGUGAUGGCAAGGACUAUGCUUGUCAUGCUGAUAGCGAUUUCGGAAGAGCUUCUCAUCAAGCAAGACUGAAUGUUCCUUCUUCCCCGGUAGCGCGACCGCCUCAAAACAAAACAGCCUUAGUAGGACAGACAGCAGUUUUUGUGUGUCCAGUUGCUGGAUAUCCACUGACUCAUUUUUCUUGGGAAAAAGAUGGUGAAAGCCUUCCAAACAGUCACCGUCACGAAGUGAGACCUAAUGGAAAAAUCGUGAUUCAUUAUGUGGAAAAAAACACUGACGAUGGUACGUACUGGUGCACAGCGGGUAAUAACAGAGGAGUUUCCGCAAGAGGAAGAAUAGACGUGCACGUAGUUGCUGGCCCUGUUCUAGACCCCUUCUUUUUUCCUGAGAAUUUAAGAGAAGGACGACGCACAACGUUAACUUGCAUUGUGUCUGCUGGAGAUCCUCCAAUAUCCUUUAGAUGGGAGAAAGAUGGAGAACCCAUACAACCAGCCGCACUCGAUGUUACGGUGGAGUACAUGAAUCAGUACACAUCGACUUUAUUCUUUGAAAGAGCGAGUCAGAAACACAAUGGGAAUUAUACCUGUAUUGCUUCAAACCCCUACGCUUCGGCUAACCAUACUGCCAGUAUGGUUCUGAACAUUCCUCCAAGAUGGAUAAUAGAGCCCAAAGAUGUAGAAGUGGUUCAAGGUAGUUCUGUCCGAGCAGAUUGUCAAGCUGAAGGAUAUCCUAGACCGAUAAUAAGGUGGAAACAGCUUGUUGGUUCUAAUGGAGCACCAGAAGCUUUCCAGACCAUCAUGAGCAGUGCGAGAAUGCAAGUACUAGAAAACGGUUCUUUGCUAAUAUUAGAAGCUAGUCCAGCUGAUGGAGGCUCAUUCCUAUGCCAAGCAUUCAACAGAAUUGGUCCUGGGUUAAGCAAGAUGCUUACCAUUACAGUACACGUUCCGGCUCACUUUAAAACGAAGUUUAGUGCCCAAAAAGUGAAAAAAGGAGAGCAAGUAACCCUUUCUUGUAAAGCCCAUGGAGACCGGCCAAUCUCAAUUGCGUGGUACAAAGAUGGAGAGAUUCUCAGUAACGGCACUAUUCCCAGAUACAGUAAGAGGCAAUUUGAUCAUCAUGAUGGUGUGACUUCUCAGCUUAGCAUACAUUCAGCCAGGAGAGAAGACUCCUCUGUCUUCUCGUGUCGUGCAUCUAACUUGUAUGGACAUGAUGAUUCUACUGUGGAAUUAGUCAUCCAAG